AAGAAGAACUAAAAUGGCGGCGGGGGUAGCGGCUGCGUCACGGGAGCGCCGUUCCCGGUCACAUGACCGCCCGAGCUGGGAGGGGGAGCCGGGAGUGUUUUCUCUUUCAUUUCCGACGGGCUUCCACACGUAGGAGACCCGGCAGCGCCUUCUGUUCCUUUUCAGAACCUGGGUCUGGCGGCGGGUGGGUCGCCGAGGGGCGGCGGCGGCGGCCGGGAGGCGGAGACGCGUCUCCACCAAGCGCGCGCCGCUCUGGACGCGCCCUCCUCCUUCGCCGCUGCCACUGGAAGCGGAGCGGGGCGGAGAGAGGAAAGCGCUCAGAUAAGGAUGGCACAGAACAAAUACCUCGCAGCAAAACUGAAAAACUAUUUGCGAGAAGACAAAAUUCAGCUAUGGAAACCCCCAUAUACAAACAGCUACCAGGAGGCGGGUGAGGAGCUGAAGGAUCUUGCACUGCAAUAUUCAGCCAGGCUAAAUUGUAAUGACAAUGAAAUAGAGGCCCUCCUGGAAGAGAUACGCUCCAAAGCAGUUGAGCGAGGAAGGAAAAAUGAAGCUUAUAAGAUGACAGGAGUUGCGACGCUUGAAGUAGCCUUGCCUACAAGGAUGGGUAAAGCAAGAAAAAAUGUGCUGGAGACAAAAUUGGUCAUCACGGGCAAGGAGCUCAGAUCUCAAAUAGCACAAGCAUACGGACUGGAAGAAAAUUGCAUCAAAAUAAUUAUAAAUAAGAAGCAGCUUGACCUGGGAAAGACUCUAGAAGAGCAAGGUGUGACGCACAAUGUCAAGGUCAUGGUGCUUGAGCUGAAACUGUCAGAAGAAGAAACCAGGAAGAAAGUCCGCAAUGAGGAAAUGCAACAGGAGGAAGAGGCUGUGAAGAAAAAAGAAAUAAACAAAAGGAUGCAAAGGACAAAAAAGGGCUUAGAAAUACUUGCAGAGCGAGAGGAUUCCAUGGAUCCUAACAGAGCACCUUACCUGGACAUAGCAAACCAAACUGGAAGAACAAUCAACAUUCCUCCACAAGCAAAAAAAGCUCUUUUCUUAGCCAUGGGCUAUCAUGAAAAGGGCAGAGCAUUGCUGAAGAAAAAAGAAUAUGCUAUGGCACUGCCGUUCCUGUUGGAUGCAGAUAAACAUUUCUGUGAAUGUGGUUCAGACCUCCUGAACACUGUUGAUAAUUAUGCAGUGUUGCAGCUGGACAUCGUCUGGUGCUACUUCCACUUGGGUCAGCUGGAUUGCCUUGAUGAUGCUGAGAAAAAGCUCCUUGCAGCUCAUGAUUGUUUCAGGAAGUGUUACGGAGAGAACCACGAAAGACUGGUCACUAUAAAAGGAAGCUCUGGGAGAGAGAAGGCUUUGUUUCUAAGGCUGUACUUGCUUCAAGGAAUAAGCCAUUAUCAUAACGGCAGAGAGAGGGAGGCUGGUGAAAAUCUUCAAAGGGCACAUGACUUGUUUAAAGAGCUGUACAUCGAUCCUGACAAGAUAAAUAGCUUGCUACUACUAGGAUUUUCUGCUCAGGAAGCCCGCCUGGGUCUCCGUGCUUGCGAUGGGAAUGUGGACCACGCUGCCAGCCACAUUUCCAAUAGGAGAGAGGAAAAAGCUCAAAUAAGAAGAGAGGAGAAAGCUAAAAGAAGAAAGCGAUUGGAGGACAUUAAAACCUUGAAGAGUAUGGGCUAUUCAGAGCGAACUGCUAGAGAAGCUCUUCAUAAUGCAAAAGGAGACCUUGAACUAGCGGUUAAGAUUAUGCUUGAAAACCCCCACCUACUCCUGUCAGAUGAUGAUGAUCCGGUGCCAGGGAACCAGUUUCAAGUUCCCCAGGAAAGUAUUGAUCAAUUGGUGUAUAUGGGCUUUACUCCUGAAGCAGCGAAGCAAGCUCUGAAAGUGUUUAAAGGCAACAUUCAGCUGGCUGUGCAAAUGCUUGCUCAUUAUGGGGGAUCUCUCCCUGCUGAAUUACAGACCCCUUCAGAAAGCAUCACUCCCUCAGAUGAAUCCAAUUCAUCAAAAGACUCUCCUACAGACUCUGCAGAGAAAAGGAAAAAGAGAAAAGAAGAAAAAGGAAAAACUCAAGGCACUUCCGGGGCUUCAACUGAUGAAGACAUGGAAGUAGAUGCUGUCAAUGAAAUCUUAGAGGACAUCCCAGAGCACGAAGAAGAUUAUCUGGACCUAACUCUGGAAGAGGAAGAGCUUGUCAUCAAUGAAUACCUCUCUUACAUACAGCACCUGCAAACACAGUCCCAGUAGGCAAAUUCUGAAAGACUCCAGUAUCACUUACAUGAGCCAGCGUUUGAGGGGCUUAGAUCCAGGGGGGAAAUUAGUUGCAUGUAAGUCGCAGUGAAGUCAGUGGGCCAAGUUGGUCAUGACUAAUUUUAAGUGUAAUGUACUUAGUCUAGAUUAGGACCGUGGACGUCCAAUACUUAGAUUGCAAAUAUGUCUGACCCUCUUUUUGCCAAAUGCCUUAAGUUAAGUCAAUUGCAUAUUUUUAGAAAACAAACACUGGCAUGAGUAGAACCUGUAGUAAUAUUAAUCUAGAGUGACACUGGAGAGGAAUACAUUUAAUUGUAGAACAAAAAUAUUUGCAGAAGAAAUAUUUUUAUAGAGAGCUUCGAUAUAUUAUAUUGGUGUGAAAUUCAUCUAUUUAAUUAGUAGAGCAAAUAAAAUCAGUUCUGCUUACAUUCA